AUCAAAUUUUGUUGUGCUUUGUGCCUGAAACCCGUGAAACGUUUGUGCUUGUAUUUACUUUUUAUAUCAGGUCAAAAUAUCAGCAAAAUAAUCCUUUAAUCAGCUGAAAAAUCUUAUGGAGCAGCAGGAAACUUGUAAAAUAUGCAAUGUUGCUUCCUCAAAGUAUUGCUGCCCGCGGUGUAACAUACUAUACUGUUCACUGGGCUGCUACAAAUCCGCACAACAUGAGCAGUGCUCCGAAAGUUUCUACCGCGAAAAUGUCCUGCAGGAAAUGGCAAACAGUCAACAAGCGGAAUCCCAGCAGGUUGCUGAAACAUCGCAGCAAAACAUGGCAGAAAUCCUGAAACGAAUAGAUAACGCAGUUGUCGAUUGGGACGACAACAAUAACUCGGAUAAUCUGGAAGAAAUCGAUUCAGACGACGGAGAAAACGUACUAGAAUUGGCUGAUCGCCUAGAAGGUGUAAAUUUUGACGAUGCUGACGCUAUAUGGGAACGACUGACCGAUGAGGAAAGGAGAGAAUUUCAAGGAUUGCUGGAUAAUGGAGACAUAACUAAAAUACUGCCAGAUGUUGUGCCCUGGUGGUUACGUGAAUACAAGGUAGAACUAAUACAACCAACCACCAGUGAUGACAUAUCCGACGGAGAAAAAUAUCUCUUGGAACAAUGCCCUGUUAUCCGGGUAAAUGGCGCAGACGUUACUAGUCUAUUAAGCAAAAAACCGUCGCCACUGAUCAAAUAUAAUUUGAUAAAUAUCCUGGCCGGUUAUGCUUUUCUGUAUCGUUAUUUUAACGGUGAUUUUGAUGGGUGCACUCAAGAAGCGGCCAACAUUUUAAUUUCGAUUAGCGGGAAUCUAAAAACAAACAACGUCUAUGAUUCCGAAGCGAUUGCUGUGAAAGCGGUAUGUCACGAUUGUCAGGUGGAGCAGUUACCGGUUGAUAAGGACACCAGCAGGUUACUCAGCGAAGACAUAAAAACACUACUCAGUGGACCGGUGCAUUGUGGAGCAAAGCAUCGGAAACAUUUCCUGCUGGCGGCACUGUCGGACAUUCAUCGGUUGUUUGGCCAAGCCAAAAACUACAGCACGAAAAAAGUUAUCAGUGCAGCAAAGACAAGUGACGUCAGGAAAGGUGCCUUCAGCACUAAAUAUGGCAGUGGUGAUAGCGCACCCCGACAAAACAUCGACCUUAGUAAGUUAAAAAGUUGCUUGAAGAAAAUUGACUUUAUGUUAUCAUACGUUCAAAACUAUAUGUAAUAUAAACGAUUUGAAGCAAACUUUA